AUGCCCAGCCUGCCCAACCUGAGCAGUUUGGCAAAAUUGUGCGGGUCGAGCCAUGGCGGCGAGCGCGUGGUGCUGGACCGCGUCACACGCAGGAACUCGGUCAGGCGAAUGUCGAUCAUUGAAGACGGGAACGUGGCAGAAGUCCUGUACCUUAUUCCGAAACAGUCCAUGAUGGAGCAGUUACCCUUCCUCAACCCCAGUGAAUACGUCAUCCUGGAGAAGAUGCCUCCACCUCCAGACAUGGGACUGGUGGCCCACAGUCAGAACGCACACCUCCCCACGGAGAGACCACUUAUCCAGUGCUAUAAGUGUGGAGAACCAUGCAAAGGAGAGGUUCUGCGGGUCCAGACCCGGCACUUCCACAUCAAGUGCUUCACUUGUAAAGUGUGCGGCUGCGACCUGGCCCAGGGCGGGUUCUUCAUGAAAAACGGGGAGUAUCUGUGUACGCUGGACUACCAGAGACUCCAUGGCACCCGCUGUAACAGCUGUGGAGAGUUUGUGGAGGGAGAGGUGGUGACUGCCCUGGGCAAAACAUACCAUCCAGCCUGUUUCGCCUGUACUGUCUGCAAAAGACCCUUUCCUGCUGGAGAUCGCGUGACUUUCAAUGGAAAAGACUGUCUCUGUCAGCGCUGUGUCCAGCCCACAUCUCCCCCCCCAAAAGAUAUCUGCAUCUCCACCAACUGUGCAGGCUGUGGUCGGGACAUUAAGAAUGGACAGGCCCUGUUGGCCCUGGACAUGCAGUGGCAUCUGGGCUGUUUUAAAUGUAAAGCCUGUGGGAAGGUCCUGAGUGGGGAGUACAUCAGCAAGGACGGUGUGCCGUACUGUGAGAAGGACUAUCAGUUGCAUUUUGGGGUUCAGUGUGAGGCCUGCAAUCAGUUUAUCACAGGGAAAGUUCUAGAGGCAGGAGACAAACACUACCAUCCCAGCUGUGCACGAUGCAGCCGGUGCAGCCAGAUGUUCACCGAGGGGGAGGAGAUGUAUUUACAGGGUUCUACAGUAUGGCAUCCAGACUGUAAGAACAGUAGCAGAGAGGAGGAGAAAUACAGGCCCACAAGGUCGUCGACUGAGAGUGUGUGCUCGCGUCCUGGCUCCAGUCUUCCUGCUUCUCCAGGUCACAACAUCUAUGCAAAAGUAGACGAUGAGAUUAUUGAUUACAGAGACCUAGCUGCCAUCCCCAAGGUCAAGGCGAUUUAUGAUAUAGAACGACCAGAUAUGAUAUCCUACGAGUCUGCCCACUGCACCGCGUCCACCCUGGACACACAGAGCAGGCACAGCCCUGGAGAGUCUCCGCGGACCCUGUCUCCAACGCCGUCUGCCGAGGGUUCCUAUGAUAUGAGAGAACGCAUCAUGCAGAGGUCCACCAGCCAGGGCUCCAUUGGUUCUCCCGGAUACAGUCGCCAUAGCUACACACCCUCAAUCUCCCGAUCGCCCCAGCACUUCCACCGACCAGGUACUGAGCCGUCUAGUGGCAGGAGCUCCCCCCUGUCCUCCCGCUCGGCCACCCCGACCCUCUCUCUGACCCCCAAACAUUUUCACAUCCCAGAUCAAGGCACCAACAUGUACAGGAAACCACCCAUCUAUAAGCAGCACGACUCAGCUGCUCUGGCAGCCCAAAGCAAGUCUGCUGAUGACAUCAUCAAAUCUGCCAAGUUCCCCGCUGCACACGCCCCACGCCCAGACGAAACCCCAAAGAUUGAGACUGACUACUGGCCCUGCCCUCCCUCCAUCGCUGCCAUAGGAUCAGAUGGGAGGAAUCAGACACGAGAUGAGGAAGAGGAGGAGCAGAUAAAACGCAGACAAAUCCAGGAAGAACAUCUUAGCAAGAUCCAGUCAGGGCUGGGGAAACUCAUUCUAAAGGAGGAGAUGGAGCGAGAGAUGACCAGAGAGAGAAACACACGCAGUGUGGCCAUGCACCGCUAUGAUUCUCCAUAUUCCAACUAUCAGCAUUCACCAUCCAAAGCCUCUUCUCUGCCUGGCUACGGACGUAAUGGAGUCCAUCGGCCUCAGUCUGCAGACCUGAUGCAGUAUGAGAGCUACGGAGAUGUCAGCAGGGCACGAAGAGAUUUUAAGGACAGCCAGGUGCCCAUGGACAGGGGACAGUCUAUGCCUAAUAUGUUGGAACCAAAAGUGUACCCAUAUGAAAUGCUCAUUGUCACCAACAGAGGGCGCACUAAGCUCCCAAAGGAUGUCGACAGAACCAGGCUGGAGCGCCACCUCAGCCCUCAGGGGUUCUUCCACAUCUUCGGGAUGGAGAUCCAGGAAUUUGACAGACUUCCGCUGUGGAAACGGAAUGACAUGAAGAAGAAAGCCAAGCUGUUUUAGCCUCUUCCUUUUCUCUCACUCCUAUAAUCUCUGAGUUUUUCUUUUCCUUUUUUGGGUUGCUUUCAGACAAUUUUUUGUGUAAACAAAAAGCUAUUUUUCUUUGCUUCCAAAAAAGACCACUCCUUAUUUUUCACCUAUAUAUCUCCUUAUUUUUCCUCUGCACCUAUAAAUCUCUUUGGGAGUGGAUUUGAGGCUGGAGGUGCUGUGUGAUGAAGCUGUGAAGAGGAGCAGAGACAGCAGAACAGACUGUUUUCCUGCUCUCAUUAAAGACGCCCCUCUCCUCUCCCCUUUCCUUCCUGCCCCUCUCGUUAAACAGGGCUGUAAUUUCAGGGCGUGGGGGGGGGGGUGCCUCGGGGACAUCGGCAGGGGUCUGCCUCUAAAGAGGCCAUUAAGGUGGGGAGAGUGUUGGGGUGUCCUGUGCCCCCUGUGUGGUGAGGGACCUGAUGUGUGUUAACUGGGGGAAGUGGGUAUUCUGGUAUGGGGUUGAGAGGUUGAGAGAACCGGAUCGACUAGCCAGGGGUCCCGCUUCCGCUCAAUCCAGGCCGGAGUUCUGGAACACAUUAAAAUCCAGGCAAAGAGAGAGAGUCAUCCGCUACUCAGCAAAUCGGCAGUCA